UCAAGAUCCGCUUCCUCACUGUCGGCUGCAGUCAGUCGUGGAUCAGAAGAGGUUUGUCUCAUGAGCCAAGAUGGCCGAUUUCGAAGAACAGCUCACUGAGGAAGAGAAGGUGCGCAUUGCGGCUAAUUUUGUCGUCCAUGCUCCACCUGGAGAAUUCAAUGAAGUGUUCAAUGAUGUGCGGCUACUGCUCAACAAUGACAAUCUUCUCAGGGAGGGUGCAGCACAUGCAUUUGCCCAGUACAACAUGGAUCAGUUCACCCUUGCCAAACUUGAAGGGUAUGAUGAUCAGGUGCUGAUCACAGAGCAUGGAGACCUGGGCAAUGGCCGUUUCUUUGACCCCCGCAACAAGCGGUCAUUCAAAUUCGACCACCUGAGGAAGGAGGCCAGUGACCCCCAGCCCCACGAGGGAGAGGCAGCUCUCAGACCCUGGAGAGACGCGUGUGACAGCGCCCUGAGGGCCUAUGUCAAGGAGCACUACCCCAGCGGCGUCUGCACUGUUUAUGGGAAAACUAUUGAUGGCCAGCAAACCAUAAUUGCUUGCAUUGAAGGUCAUCAAUUUCAACCAAAGAACUUCUGGAAUGGUCGUUGUAGGUCUGAAUGGAAGUUCAGCAUCUCCCAAUCUACAGCUCAAGUCGUUGGAGUCCUCAAAAUACAGGUGCAUUACUAUGAGGAUGGAAAUGUGCAGCUGGUCAGCCACAAGGAAGUACAGGAAUCUCUCACUGUAAAUAGUGAGACUCAGACUGCAAAGGAGUUUGUGAAAAUCAUUGAGGAUGCAGAAAAUGAAUACCAGACGGCCAUCAGUGAGAACUACCAGACCAUGUCUGACACCACAUUCAAAGCCUUGCGCCGGCAGCUUCCUGUCACCCGCACCAAGAUUGACUGGAACAAGAUCCUCAGCUACAAGAUUGGCAAGGAGAUGCAGAAUGCUUAGAGGACAGUGUGUCGGCCAUUGUUACUGUGUUACUGCAAAGACCGAGAGGGUAGGGGAAAUCAGGAAAAGAGGCAUCAAAGGGGAAUAAAAAUGAUACUCUAUUCUGUCUUUGUUAAAUUAUGCCACGGUUUGAUUUGGUGUAUGGAGUUGGUAUGCUUUCUUCAGGCGCGUUAGCAGGGAUGGCUUCAUUUUAAGAGGACAUUUUGGGUUGUUUAGCUCUGGCUCAUUUGCAAAUUUUUCAUUUGAACAAAAUGCCUUUAGUGACACUGAAAGUUUGGAUUACAUGGGUCAACCUCGCUCUCCCACACCGAUGCUUCAAAAAUCAGAGUCAUAUCCUCAUACCCCUCAUUUGGUUGACUUUGUGUCUGGGGGCCACAGGUAGUAAUCAGUUUCAGCCCAUUUCGUAACCCACUAUGGCCGGGAUUCAAACAAAUGCAGAUAAACGACCCGGUGCAUUGUGGUUAAUCUUUAAAGGCGAUUUCUGACUGAGCUGCCAUCCGCUGCGUGAUGUCUGGGAAAUUGCCUUUAAAAUCCUAUCGCUGUGCGCAGGUCGUUGGAUUGAAUCAUGACCUAUAUUUUAUCUGUAACCCAAGGUCUCCUCCAAGUGAGGUGUAUACUCCUUAAUGACUAAAUUUAGCACACACCCCUAAAAAAAAGUCCCAAGUAUCAGCUCUGUCCCCUGCAAGCUUUCCCGUUGGAAAGAGAUGUACUUGUACAAUGGUUUAAUCGGGCCUAAACAAGCAGAGCACCAUCAGUAUCCAUCAGUAUCCACUAUCAGUGAUUAGGCCAACUUAAUAUAUAAUAUACCUAUAUUCCUCCUUACCUCCCACAUGCCUUCCUUCAGCUUUUUGCUAUAUUUUUUAUACAAAAUGUAAGAACAUGUAUAAUUCAAAGGAAUAAAGAAGUUGCACCAAAUACUAUGCUGUAACUAUUGUCAUCAUUAACCGUUAACCAUAAAUAACGUUUUACUUACCAGUAUGUAGAAAUAUGCUCAUUAAAGUAUCAUCUGAUUUGGUGCCAAAUGUGUAUUUGUGUGUAAAUGCUGGCUUGCACAGCAAAAAGUAAAAGGGACAUUUGAAUAAAGAAACAGAUUAUUGUAUAUCACUUUAAUGGAGUGCACCUUAAAAUGCGCCUCUUGACGUUUUGCGUCGGUAUAUUUCAUCUGCAUUGUCUGUACAUUUUGUGUCGAAUGUAUAAAACCGUGUUGAUGGACAAAAACACAAUUAUUCUCUGCUUUCAGUCCCUUUCUCUGAACGCUUCAAUAUGACCUUACCUUCAUUUUACCGGCAGGAUAAAUCUUAUCUUCACAUGCUGUUGUGCUGCUUUAGUGAAAACAUUUACGGCCCAUUUUAGAUUGUACAAUUUUUUAUUUUAGGUUUUCAAAAUGAAAUAUUACUAAAUAACACAAUUCACAGGACAAGAGGUGACAGACAACACAAUCAGUUAUCUUAGAAUACUAAGCACAGAACCUAGAACUUCAUGUUUUAGAUCAGACAUAAGUGAUUUGCAUUAUGUGUCACACCCUGAUCAGUUUCACCAGUCCUCGUUACUGUCUCCACCCCCGCCAGGUGUCACUUGUUUUCCCCAGUGUAUUUACACCUGUGUUUCUUGUCUCUCUGUGUACCAGUGUAUUUAUCCUUGUCUCUCUGUGCCAGUUCGUCUUGUAUGUUUCCAAGUCAACCAGCGGUUCUCCUGCUUUUUGCAUUCUCCUUUUUCUAGUCCUCCCGGUUUUGACCCUUGCCUGUUUCUGGACUUUGUACCUGCCUGCCUGACCAUUCUGUCUGCCUUGACCACGAGCCUGUCUGCCACUUUACCUCCUGGACUCUGAUCUGGUUUUGACCUUUUUGCCUGUCCACAACAAUUCUCUUGCCUACCUCUUUGUAUUAAUAAACAUUGUAAGACCAUC